UCCUGUAGAGUCACAAAUAAAAGGACAGAAGAUGCCAUCGUUAGCGAAGCGGCAACCGACAACAUCCAUACUGAAAAGGAGUACCUCGAACACCGUGAAACAAACGCACAUGGCGGCCACGCGGCGGCCACUGGUUCAAAGCCACCGUGCAAGAUGAAGAAAAGUAUUGCAUUUCUAAAGGUGCACAAGGCAGGGUCUGAAACAACAGCCUGUAUUCUGAAGAGAUUCGGCUACGAACACGGACUGAACUUCGUACUUCCAAAGAAAUGUGGCAAUUCGAAGUUGGGAUUCCCUGGAGACAUAACAGACGCCAAACUGAUGAAGCAGAACGUGGAUGAGUACAACAUACUGGUACAUCACACUGUGUACGACAGGGUCAAGUUACACAAGCUCAUGGCGCCGGAUACACAGUUCAUCGCCAUUCUCCGGGAGCCGCUCAGUCAUUUCAAGUCAUUGUUCUUCUACAUCGACAUGGACAAAAAGAUUGGCUUAGAGGAUGAGGAGAACCCACUGGGCAGAUUUCUGGACAACCCAUGGCGUUAUGAGAGAUCGAUGAGAGAGAACAUGCGCAGCGGGUCAUUGACCAAGAACCUCCAGUCUUUUGUCUUAGGAUGGAAGGACAACGACAACAAAGGCAGCGGAGAACUCAGGAAGUACAUCUCUCAGCUUGACAGUGACUUUCCCCUGAUCCUCAUCCUGGAGUACUUCGACGCGUCGCUAGUCUUACUCCGGCGCCUGAUGUGUUGGUCGUUCUACAACAUUCUGUACGACAGACAGCCCAAACAUAAACAAGUAUACUUAAAGCCAGUGUCGGUCUACACCGAGCAACAACUCCAGAACCACAGAAACAUGAGCUGGGUCGACUAUCAGCUGUACGAUCAUUUCAACAGAAGUCUGUGGAGUAAGAUACAGGCAGCAGGGCCGGACUUUCAAGACGAGCUGGAAGCUUUUCAACAGUUAAACCACAACGUCAACAGCUACUGUGCAGGAAAAAAUACGGAGAAGAAAACUUUUCCUGGGUCCAAGUGGAACGGACCGGUGGACAUUGAACCUCAGUUCUGCCAGGAUUUGAAAAGGACACGCGUGAAAUGGGAUCUAGAAAUCUGCAAUCGUGCACGCGGGAAUGGCAAGAGCGAAAUGCGUAAGAAGAAACAAACUAUAUGAACUUUAUACCUACCAGACACCGAUGGAUGGAACUAUUGAUUAAAUCUGAAAUGGAGCUAUAACAUUCGUCGAAGCCAUUAAGAUUCAUUUUCCUGGGGUUAGCUUGAGUGAUGUAGUACUGGUAUUCCUACAGCAAAGAUAGCCUUGG